CCCCUACGGUUACUCAGUAUCCUAAAUUCGUUGCGUUAGAGCCAUACAUAGAGUCGUACCGUGCUGUACACAGCCCGAAGGCAUUGCGAAGCCAUUGCGUUUCUUCCUGUCGGAUAGCUAGAGACAUUCGCCGCAGUAUGGUUUACAAUAUCAGAGUCAUUGAUGUGAUGUGUGAUGUGUGAUGUGCGAUGUGCGAUCUGUGAUCUGUGAUGUGUGAUGCGUGAUGUGUGAUGUGUGAUGUGUGAUGUGUGAUUGAUGGAUGACAGUUCAAUAAGACAAAUUGACUUUUUCCCCAGCUUCGGUAUUGUAACCAACUUUCCGAUAAAUGAUAAAUGUUACCGACUAGGUUAGUCCCUACCUACGUGGGUAGACCCAUCUUUUUCCCGGGCGCUUAAAAAGACAAUGCAUGAUAAUAAAACAAUCAUCCAAUCAGAGGCCUUAUUAAGGAUGACAGGACACAGAUCGGUAUCUUCUCAACCAACCACAACAUUUAUCACCCAUCACAUCCGGACUGGACGAAAAUGUCACUGCAACCUUCAACGAGGGAUAUUUCCUAAUGCAGAUCUGCACUGACUAAAUCUGAUGAUAAUCCCAUUAAUCCUCGAUCAUCUAGCCUCCUAUUGGUCAAUCUGUCUUCCAAGCGCCAUCAAAAUAUUCAUCAACCAAACAAAAGUUCCAUCACUUUUCACUCUCCAGCCAAUACCAUUGCCAGAUGGCCAAAUCCUCUUCCCAUCGGUCCUCGACACAUCAUGCAUUUCACGAAUCAUAAAUACCUGCUAGGUAAUUUCAGUCCCGUACCGCUAUAUACAUCAAUUCACACCCCCUUGAAGUGUGAAGAGCUGGAACACUUCAUGUCACUUUUAUAUGAUCUGAAAAUAAUAAGCGUUUCGAUGGAAGGUUACACACUGCGGUCUGUUUGAAAGGUUGAGGCUAUAAAAGUGGUCAACCGUAUCAUCUAUAUACACAAGAUGGUUCAAAGUGAAUCAGGCUGCGCCUAUAUAUUGUCUAUAUUAUCGAUAUCAUCUCCCAUUCGUUUGAUCUGCUCAGCGUUCCCUUCGCCAUUGUUAUCUCUUCUCUUCAUCUACUCGACUUUCGCUCUCUUACCUAUCAAGGUGCUUGCGAAACCAAUCUCAGCGACACAAGUUCCUCGAAGUAACCCCUUGGGAAUAGAUUGGUCACCAGCGCCACCACCAGAAAACGGUCCACCAUUUUCAGCUGCAGCUUCACGAAAUAAAGAACUUUUGCCAGCUCAAAUUGGUGGCAUUGUUGGAGCAUAUUUAUUUUCCCUUUGCGUCGUCGGAAUUCUCAUCAUUACUCUCGGAAGAAGACUACGAAGACAGCUUGAAUUGGAUGCUAGGGCUUUGGAGGUAGAAUUGGUAGACGCAGCAUAUGGUGGCAUUAACACUGGGUCGUCAGGUCCAACACCACUUACUCCAGCAAAUCUUCGAAACUUUUCUUGGCCAUCUCCUGAUAAGAAGUACUUUGCACCAGGAAUAAAUCCUGACCCAAGUGCUUUUGUUUUUCCUCCCAUACACACAUCAUACGAGACCUCUUACGUUUACCCUACGCAGAGACAACACAGUAUACACCAGAGUGUAUAUUCACACCAAAGUAACCUGAGUAUUGAUAAUAAGGUUGUUGAAGCUGAUCGAGAAAUGAUGAAUCGAAAUCUUGAGGAUUUAUAUGCUCAUGUUAUGGAGCAGGAGGAGGCAAAGGCUGCAGGAGUGGAUGUAAGAAGUAUGCCUCCUCCUAAAGUACCAGGCGAAGUAUCUGCGACAGCACUACAAAAACCGCAAUCAAAGAAGUUCGGCCAACAUAAACCAUCAGAAAUCAAUACCAAUGACAACAUAUCAACCAAAACCCACUCUCGAGCAUCCUCCAUAAUUUCAGCUCUUACUUCUCCUAGAUCAGCUCCGAAAUCUCCCAAAUCCCCACGAAGAAAAGGAAUCCGGGGUUUACGAAUUUCAUCUCCAAUGGCUACACCACACUCAACCACUUUCUCACAUGCUGCAUCGGAUGAAGAGCCUUUAACACCACGAGAAUAUGUGCAUCGAGCCCCACCACCAAUUCCAAAAAAUCAACUUCCCUAUGGCUCCACAUCAGCCAAUGGUGAAUCACCUACUCGCAGUAUAGCAGAGACUCUCGAAACAAUAUCACCUGUAUCUCCUCAACGAAGUCUCCCUUCACUCAAUACUCGUAAUCUCCAAAUCUCACUCAAAUCCGAAAUGAAUACCGCCUCUCCUCAAUCUGCAACAAGCGACCGCACUAGAACCAUGUUUUCCAGACCUCUCCGAUCUACCUCUUCAAAACUAUCUCUCCCUAAUAACCCAAAAAUCUCAAACAGUUCCUCCACGUCUCCGGAUUCUCCAUCAUCAUCCACAGUCAUUGGCUCCACCUCAACCAACAACACUCAAACUACCUCGGCCGUCAACCCAACCCGUUCCCUUCCCUUCCGAGAACAAUUUCAACAAAACAUGCUCUCCCCAACUCUCCCUACUAAAAUGACUGUUCUCGAACGUGUCCCUAGGGAUAAUGGACAAAAGACUGGAGGUCUUAAAACACCUUUCAGUGGUGGCACAGUACCAUAUAGUCCUUAUCAACCGUUUACACCCAUGAUGCCAAUUACACCGCGCUUGGUCACGAAAGAAGAUAGAAAGAAGAUGAAGAAAGCUAUGCCUAGGACACCGGUGGUGGAGUUAAUAAAGAGUGAAGAGGAGAUUUGGGAUAGUGGGUAUUGAUGUGUUUUGCAGCCGGGAGGAAGGAAGGAGUUUGGGAUAUAGGAUGGAAUGGAAUGGAAUGACAAUGUAAAUUUGUCCAACCUUCAGUACACGAGGAGAUGAUAUUUAUGAAAUUGGGAGGGAUCGGUAUCAUUUUGGGGAUGAUCAUGCAAUUGUUCUUGUGUUAUAUUUUUGUUGCUUUUUUUCGUAUGAUGAAAUUGUUAUAUAUACCAGCCAUAGAGGUGGUGGUCAACGGGUUUCAUUAGUACUCGUUGAAUUUAUGAGUACAUAGGAUAGAGAGAGCCUAGAGAUGAUAAUUAUUAUCACGAGCAUACCUACAUUUCAUAAUACUAUAAGACUUAGUAUAGCUAGCGGUCUUUUUUUAUAUUUUUUUAUAUUUUUAGUUUUUUUUAUAUUUUUAGGAUUUUAAAUGAGAUCUUAAAUUAUCUAAUAAGAUUAAUCUUAUAAAUUUUUUUAUUUUUUUGAGUUUUAAAAUAAUAUUAAAUCAAAUAAAGUUUAAUAUUAAUAUAUUAAAAUAGAAUUUUUAAAAGUUUUAUAAAUUAAUAAUUAAGAUAAUUUAUAUUCUUAAAAGUAAUUAUAAUAAUAAUCUUUAAAAAAAUUAUAGUGUUUCUUAAUAUAUAUAAAUUAUUCAAAUGAAAUUUUUUAAUUGAUUUUAUUUAUUUAUUUUUUAUAAAAUUUUUAAUAGAUGAAAAUCGUCAUUUUUGAUAUAAAAGAGUGGCUGGAAUGAGAAGUAGGGGACUUAUAAUCUAGUAACCCGGUAGAAAGAGAUAUAAUUUGUUAAAAGAUUAGCGUUCUUUCAACUUUUGCGAGCCCUUAUCAUUUCUAUACUU